UCGAAUGAACACAUUAGUGUGAGAUAUAAAUUGCUGUCGUUAACAAUACAAUAACUAAUUAAUUUAAAUAAUUAAAAUGUUAAAACUUUUGUGGUUCGUGGUGACUUUAAGUACACUUGACUUAUGUAAAUCUGCAAGUAUUUUAGGGGUAUUCCCCGCACCUAUUCUGAGCCAUCAGCUGGUAUUUAAGUCAUUGACACAGGAACUGGCAAAGAGGGGCCAUAACGUUACAGUAGUUACAGCUUUAUCCGUUGCAAAAUAUGAAGAAAUAGAUAAUUAUACUGAAAUUGAUUUAUCUCACAUCGGAAUGGAAGUCCGAUCUAAGUUGUUAGUUGAUGAACUAAAUCAAGUCCAUGAUAUGUUCCAUCAGUUCAAGACUACUUUGAAAUUAGUUUUUAAAUAUAUAAAUACAAUUAUACAAAGCCAUGAAGUGCAAAAUUUAAUUAAAUACCAAUCAUUUGACCUGAUUUUGAUUGAAGACUGUUCCAAAUCAGCAUUAAUUUUAUCACAUUUAAUUAAGGCACCAGUUAUAUACAUAAGUUCUUUUGGAGGUAGCUUCGAUACAUUCGAAACUGUUGGUGGCGUUGUUCAUCCAAUAUUAUAUCCCCUAGCGACGAGAAAACGUUUUCAUUAUUUAUCGACGUGGGAUAAAAUUUCGGAAUUAUCUAUUGAAUAUAAAUUACAGAAUUUUUAUAAUGAAUUAGAAACAUCACAGGAUGAGAUUAAUAAAAAAAUAUACGGUGAAGAUACUCCGACACUAAAUGAGUUGAAGACAAAUGUUCAGAUGAUAUUUUUAAACAUACAUUCGAUAUGGGAUUCAAAUCGUCCAGUCCCUCCAAAUGUUAUAUAUCUAGGAGGUUUGCAUCGUAAACCGCAAAAAGCACUGCCAAAGGACUUGAAAUCAUCUUUAGACUCAUCUGUUAGAGGAGCUAUAUACGUCAGUUUUGGAACGUCGGUCGACUGCUCAAUAUUCACAGAAAAAAUGCUACAAAUACUAAUCAAUGUUUUUUCGAAAUUGCCUUACGAUGUUUAUUGGAAAUGGAACAAUGAAUUACCAAGAUUACCUCAAAAUGUUAAGAUAUCAAAGUGGUUUCCACAAUCAGAUCUUCUUCAACAUCCGAAUAUCAAAUUAUUUAUAACACAAGGAGGCCUGCAGUCUACUGAUGAAGCUAUAGCUGCUGGAGUACCUCUCAUAGGUCUACCGAUACUUUGGGACCAAUGGUUCAAUGUAGAUAAAUAUGUUCAACUGAAAAUUGGCUUACAAAUAGAUAUAGAAAAAAUUACGGAAGAUGAAUUGGAAAGUGCAAUUAAAACUGUAAUAGGCGAUAAAGAAUAUACCCACAAUAUAUUGAAAUUGCGGUCUAUUAUGUUCGAUACUCCUCAAUCGUCUCUUGACCGGGCUGUUUGGUGGACAGAAUAUGUUCUACGUCAUGGAGGUGAACAUCUCCGAGCUCCUUCAGCGAAUGUGUCUUGGGUUGAUUAUUAUGAAAUUGAAAUAGUAUUAUAUUUGGUGGCUAUCGUUACUAUUGCCAUGACAUUAGUGAUUAUUGUGUUAAGGUGCACGUUGAAAAGUAUUAUUAAGAAAUCUAAAUUAAACAAAACUAAAAUUCAUUAACUAGGUUAAAAUAAACAAAUC